AUGGCUCCCCCCGAGAUCGCUACAAUCGCCGAGAAGGAGUGCGGUGCUGCCUUCGAGGUGCAGAUCAAAAGCCCCGGCUCCGACAAGUUGAAGACUGCGGCACGCCUUCGCCUGGAGUCUUACGAGAAAAAAUCCAGCAACCAAUUGCCGACACUUCUUGGUGCUCUUGGUGCUCAUGGCACCCGCAAUCCUGUUCAUCUGCUCAAAGAACAGCGAGCUGACAAGGCCCGCCAAGCAAACGAGCAGAAGAAGGAAGCUGCUCAGCGUGUUCGCGAUGAGUUCAAGACAUCCGCCGAAGCUAAGCAGAAGACGUUGGAGCAGCAGCUGGAGAAAGCUGGCGAGAACCGUGAAGGUGCGCUUGCGAGCAUCAAGAAGAAGGCUGCCGAGCACAUUGAAAAAGUGAUCGAGGUCAAGGACACGUCGAAGCUGAAAGGCGAGACUACUGCCGAGGAAGCUCGCGAGCGCUUACAGCAGGCUCUCUUGAAGAAGUCUGACCUCCGCGGAGAGAAGAUGAAGGAGAUUUCGGCCAAGGCCACCAGGCAUAACGAGGCCGUGGCAGACAAGGUGCUACAGCACAAGGAGGCCAAGGAAGGUGCCCUCGAAGAGCUGCGCAAGAAGACACCCGAUGAGCGCCUGAUGGACAUGAGCCUGCGCCUCUACGAGCAUCACUUUGUCGCUUGCACUGAGUGA